GGACCAGAGGGCAGAAUAAAUUCUUAAAUAAAGGGUCCGAUAUUUUCACCAUUAUUUAUUGCUCACCUUCUCCACUCAGCGCCGCUACAGCAGCAGCAGCAGCGAACCCUCUGCCCCUUUUCCGCCGAAGCAAAAGUUUCAAUCGGUUAUCGAAUCGAAGUUUACUCGAUAACUUAUACACAUAUAUACCAACAGUAUGCAUACCUGUACUGGAGUUAUCAUGGGUUCACUUCAACAGCCUGUGUCGAUUAAGGAAUCUAAUUUCCUUCCAAAAGGACCCGGUGUCAGUGGGCUUCUCCGUCAACUGAAUAUUAGAUCAUUUAAGCCGUGUAGAUCUUUAAAAAUCGAAGGUAGCUUGGCUACCGGAAGGUCAUCCACCCCUUCUGUGCCUGUCACAAUUCCCGAAGGAGGUAAUGGAAGCAAUUUCGUAGAUCAAGAACUGAGUAAUGCUGACCCUGAAGUUAGUGAAAUAAUAUACAAUGAGAAGCAACGGCAGUUUAGAAGUUUAGAGCUUAUUGCAUCGGAGAAUUUCACGUCCCGAGCUGUUAUGGAAGCAGUUGGUUCAUGUCUUACUAACAAAUAUUCUGAAGGACUUCCUGGCAAAAGAUAUUAUGGUGGAAACGAGCACAUCGAUGAACUGGAAACACUUUGUCAAAAGAGGGCCUUAGCAGCGUUUCACUUGGAUGAAAAUAAGUGGGGUGUGAAUGUACAACCGUUAUCUGGUUCACCGGCUAAUUUUGAGGUUUAUACGGCUAUUCUUAAACCCCAUGACCGCAUAAUGGGACUUGACUUGCCUCAUGGAGGACACUUGUCUCAUGGAUUCAUGACACCUAAACGAAGGGUUUCGGGAACAUCCAUAUAUUUUGAAUCGAUGCCUUAUCGUCUUGAUGAAGCUACAGGCCUCGUUGAUUAUGACAUGCUUGAGAAAACUGCUACUUUAUUUCGACCGAAACUUAUAAUAGCCGGUGCAAGUGCUUAUCCCCGUGAUUUUGACUAUCCUCGUAUGAGAAAGAUUGCUGAUUCUGUUGGUGCUUUUCUGAUGAUGGAUAUGGCUCAUAUUAGUGGACUUGUGGCUGCUUCCGUUGUUGGCAAUCCUUUUGAAUACUGCGAUAUUGUCACAACUACAACACACAAGUCUCUCAGAGGACCGAGAGGGGGAAUGAUAUUCUUCAAAAAAGAUCCUGUUUUGGGACUCGAGUUAGAAUCCGCCAUCAACAAUGCGGUUUUCCCAGGUUUACAGGGUGGUCCACAUAACCAUACAAUAGGAGGACUUGCGGUUUGCUUGAAGCAUGCUCAGUCUCCUGAAUUCAAAGCUUACCAGAACCAGGUUGUUUCUAAUUGUCGAGCUCUUGCUAAACGAUUGUUGGAGCUUGGAUACACGUUGGUUUCGGGAGGGAGUGAUAACCACUUGGUUCUUGUGGAUCUCAGGCCAUUGGGUCUUGACGGUGCUAGGGUUGAGAAAAUCCUUGACCUGGCGUCAAUAACGUUAAACAAAAAUUCAGUACCAGGCGACAAAAGUGCACUUGUGCCAGGUGGCAUACGUAUCGGCUCACCGGCCAUGACAACUCGUGGGUUCACUGAACAGGAGUUCAUUUAUAUUGCCGAGUUUAUUCACGAAGGGGUGCAGCUGACACGUGAGGUCAAACAAGCCGUCUCCGGGUCAAAGCUCCAAGAUUUCAUGAAGUUUGUAGCGUCUUCGGACUUCAACAGCUUCAGCGAUAAAGUUUCAGAUCUGAGAAAAAGAGUUGAGGCGUUGACAACCCAGUUUCCGAUCCCCGGUUUGUGAAGAGCAGAGUGAAAUCUUUACAUGUUUAUGAUAACUGAUGUGUGAAGUCAUCACUAGCUGUUGCAUGUUGGGUUUUUUUUAAGAAUCUUGAGAUGCUUUGAUCAACGAUUUUGUAACUUAAAUAAUCUUGAGAUCCUGAAGUUUUAAUCUCCAAGAGGUAAAA